AAAUACCGCAUGAAGGGCCGAUGGCUGAUUUAGUUUGGUCAGACCCGGACCCAGAUAAGGACGAAUUUGCUAUUUCUCCGAGAGGUGCGGGUUAUACUUUUGGAGGCGAAGUUGUUAAAAAGUUCCUGGAGAUCAAUCAAAUGGAACAUAUAUUAAGGGCACAUCAAUUGUGUAUGGAAGGAUAUCAGGUACUUUAUGAUGAUAAACUUUCAACGGUAUGGUCUGCUCCAAAUUACUGUUAUCGCUGUGGUAAUCUGGCCUCGAUUCUCGAAGUGGGCACAUAUGGUGAACGAUUUUUCAAUGUAUUUGAUGCGGCGCCAGAGAAUGACAGAGAUGGACCCCAGCAAAUGACUUCUGAAAGGAAGGAACAAGUCCAUUAUUUUUUGUAA